AUGGGAGCCUGGCAAUCUCUCGAAGAAUGGGUCGAAGAAGGUAAAUCCGGUCCAUGGUCACCAUCUCAUCCAUCUGAUGCCCAGAGAGAAUCAAUGGUAUUCCUCGCUUUUGCUUUUCUAGUAAUCCUGAUCUUCUGGCAAUGUAAAAUACCAUAUUGGUAUGCCAUCGAGAAAAGGAAAUUCAGAACUGUGUUUUUCCCUGUAUUGACGCCGUUCAAAUUAUUGACUGUCCUGUACCAUGAGCUCGGUCAUGCUGUUGUGGGUAUGGUGACGAUAUGGUACAAGGAAUUGAGGUAUGGGAUACCAGAAGGAGGAGACAGGGGUAGGAUAGAUUUUAUAAUGAUUGAUAAGUACGAAGGUGGAUUAACGAAAUUUGGAGGAGAAGUGGAACCUAUCUAUUCAUUAACUUUACCUGCUGGAUAUGUAGGAAGUUGUUUGAUUGGAUGUUGGUUUCUAUUCACGGGAUUCGAUGCAAAAUGGUCAAAAUUCGGUGCGAUCAGUCUCUUAUUCCUAACUUCCAUAGCCACUUCGAUUUGUUUCUUCGUAAAAGCCAAAUCAGGUUUAAUCAAUAAUUGGUAUUACAUGAUUUCAUGGAUAUACAAAUGGGUUUUAUUCAAUGAACAGAAAUCUAGAAAAGCGAUGAGAAGGCAUGAGAAUAAAAAAGCUGAGAGGAAUGAAAGUGCCAGGUAUAAUCAUGAUAAUGCAGAAGGUCCGACAGAAAUUGAUUUACAUGCUUCUCAGGAUUUAAUAAUAGGAUGUUCACUACUCGUCGGACUACUUUUAACCCUAGCGUGGAUGUGGGACGAUUCGAUAUGGCUUCGAUUCAUCAUGCUUUUCAUGGGACUCUUGAGUGCAUUAUAUGCGGUAUGGGAUAUCAUACUGGACGGUAUAAGGUACGCAAAAGUUGCGAAAUCGGAUAUAAGGUAUAUGGCAGAGGAACAUAAUAGGAAAGCCAAGAUACACAACAAGCUGAACCCUGAAAGAAGACAAAAACGUCAGAGAAGCACGAAGUUCUACGCGAUUUUGUGGCUAUUUACUAAAACAGAUAUGAUAAUACUAGUUAUCGUCCUUGGAUAUUUCGUAUUUAGGAAAACUAAAAUUGAACAAGCAAUAGAAUCUAGGGACUUCUUACCUGCCAAAUUUCGUUAUGGACCUUCGGACCUUGAAGAAGACGUUAGGAUCGCUGGGGAUACGUUUAAGGAGGGGAUGGGUAAUUUGGUUGGGAAUGGGUCAUGA